AUGUCUAACCCACCGUCUGUAAGGAUUCAAAUGCCACCAAACAGGCAACCGCCUCGCGUGGUACUCCGGCCACCACGCUUAAAUCUCUCGAGUGCUGCGGGGCCGAACUCUAAUCAGCUGCAUCCACCUAUAACGGGACACACGCUAACUGCACAUCCGCAAACUGGACUCCCACUUACCGCACAGACGAAGGAGAGCGAACAAUGGCCCUUCUUCUCGGCAUCUGAUUUUGCCAGAGGCUUCUCCGACUUUGUCGAUUUCACCAAGGCCGGCAUGAGUUUUGGUGAAAAGUUCACCUUUGGCCUGUAUGAAAAAGUGAGCAAAUGGUCGCGAAAAUGGUUUACACACAUUUUCUUGUUCAUCGUUAUGGUGCUUUAUAGCGCUGGUGGUGCCCUGCUAUUCGUAUCCAUUGAAGGUGAGCUGGAAACAAGAGGAAUACGUGAUCAUAGUACACAUAAUUUUGUAUCAAUUUUUAAGUGA